GGGGUUUUGGGCCGCUGGCCGGCCGGCGUAUGUGGGAGCAGUUGGGACUACGUCUUGGAGGCUCGGGGGGCGGCUCUGGCCCCUCGGACCCCAAUAUUUAUUCAGUUGGAGUGACAUUGAUGAAGAGAUGUUGGAGUAGGUGUAAAUAUCAAACUUGUUGAUUUACCAGAAGACAGAGCCCAUUUGUUUGGAUUUGUUAUUUUUUUCCCCUACUAAUUUUUCUCAGUGUUAAAGCUGGGGAAACUUGGAAAAUAAAAGGAACAUGUGAUGGUUUUGAAUAUAUCUUUUGAGGAAAAAAGUAAAGUGGCCAAGAUAAAGCAGGAAUGGCAUCCAGAGAGAGGCUUUUUGAACUUUGGAUGCUUUAUUGUAACAAGAAAGACCCAGACUACUUGAAGCUAUGGUUGGAGAGUUUUGUUUCUAGUUAUGAGCAAUUCUUAGAUGUGGACUUUGAGAAGCUUCCUACUCGAGUAGAUGAUGUGCCUCCUGGAAUAUCUCUUCUUCCUGAUAAUAUUCUACAAGUUCUAAGAAGCCAGCUACUACAAUGUGUGCAAAAAAUGGCAGAUGGACUAGAAGAGCAACAACAGGCUUUGUCAAUUCUCCUUGUCAAGUUCUUCAUAAUCCUUUGCAGAAACCUGUCUAAUGUGGAAGAAAUUGGGACUUGUUCCUACAUUAAUCAUGUUAUCACCAUGACAACACUCUAUAUUCAGCAAUUAAAAAGCAAAACAAAAGAGAAAGAUGUGGCGGAUCAGACUUCUAUUGAAGAAUUUGUUAGACAUGCACUGGCUUUUUGUGAGAGUUUGUAUGACCCAUAUCGAAAUUGGAGGCACAGAAUUGCAGGAAAGAGCCUUAGUACCGCGGAAAAGAGCAGACAGAAAUACAAACCAGCCUCUCUCACAGUGGAGUUCAUUCCUUUCUUUUACCAGUGUUUCCAAGAAAGUGAACAUCUCAAGGAGAGCCUCAAAUGUUGCCUGUUACAUCUCUUUGGAGCUAUUGUAACUGGCGGACAGAGGAAUGCUCUCCAAGCAAUUUCACCAGCUACUAUGGAAGUCCUUCUGCGAGUUUUGGCAGAUUGUGAUUCCUGGGAUGAUCGAGAUCCUGAGGAAGUGAGUAAGAAGGCAGAAUUAACUCUUAAGUGCCUGACAGAAGUGGUACACAUCCUCUUGAUUAGCAGCUCAGACCAGCGUCAAGUGGAUACCAGCACCAUUUUGGAGAACUACUUCAAGUUGCUGAACUCUGACCAUUCUGCAUUGCCUCCUCAUGAGAAAUCCAGACAGUGGGAGAACCGGUUCAUUUCACUACAGAUCCAAAUGUUAAAUACUAUCACAGCCAUGCUAGAUUGCACCGACAGGCCUGUUCUACAAGCUAUUUUCCUUAACAGUAAUUGCUUUGAACAUCUUAUUCGACUGCUACAGAAUUGCAAGGUAUUUCAGGAACAGUUGGAUUGUUUGGCUAUAUCUACUAUUCAGGCCCUCACAGCAGUGAUGAACAAAUCUCCAGCUGCUAAGGAAGUGUUUAAAGAACGAAUUGGUUAUGCACAUAUGUAUGAGGUAUUAAAAUCUCUUGGUCAACCUUCAUUGGAAUUGCUAAAAGAACUUAUGAAUAUGGCUGUAGAAGGGGACCACACAUCUGUUGGGAUUUUGGGUAUUAGCAAUGUCCAGCCCUUACUGCUCCUUAUCCAGUGGCUUGGAGAACUAGAAUCACAUGACCUACAGAUAUUCAUCUCUGACUGGCUGAAGCGAAUUUGUUCUCUUAAUAGACAGAGUCGAACUACUUGUGUCAAUAAUAACAUGGGUCUCAGGAUCAUUGAUACCCUUUCUUCCCAUUCUUCACUUCAUUGUACUUGUGCUGAGAACUUGAUUGCUCUCCUUGGUACUUUGGGGAGUCAGUCAAUGAGUUCCGAAGAACUCCACAGGUUAAUAAGACUUCUGAGAACAGAUGAAUCCAAGAAGAUCCAUUCUUAUACCAUUCCUGUAUUACGUGCCAUCUUGGCAAUGGCUCGCAAACAAACUUUGGAGAGUGCACUGCAGUAUUUUAAUUUGUCUCAUAGUAUGGCAGGUAUUUCUGUACCAUCCAUUCAGAAGUGGCCAGGAUCUGCCUUUUCCUUCAGUGCAUGGCUGUGCCUAGAUCAGGAUCAGUUGAAUACUGGAAUCUCUAACAAGGGAGGGAAGAGAAAACAACUGUACAGCUUUUUUACAGCAAGUGGCAUGGGCUUUGAAGCCUUCCUGACUUCUGCUGGAGUAUUGGUGGUGGCUGUGUGCACCAAGAGAGAGUAUGCAACUGUCCUGCUUCCUGACCACACAUUCUGUGACUCCCUCUGGCACAACAUAACCAUUGUUCACAUGCCUGGAAAAAGACCUUUUGGUCAGAGUCUUGUCUAUAUCUAUGUCAAUGGACAACAGAAGGUUUCUGCCCCUCUCAGGUUUCCUGCAAUGAAUGAACCUUUUACUUUAUGUUGUAUUGGCUCAGCUGGACAAAGAACAACCACACCCCCUCCAUCCCAAAUCCCAGACCCACCUUUUUCCUCUCCAAUUACUCCUCACCGAACAUCAUUUGGUGGAAUUCUGGCUUCAGCCUCCUGGGGAGGAACACCUGAAAAAUCAGAGUUGCUAACCAAGUUAAUUUCAGCUGGUACUCAAGAUAGCGAAUGGGGAUGUCCAACAUCUCUAGAAGGUCAACUUGGGUCAGUAAUCAUCUUCCAUGAAGCACUACAUCCUCCUCAGGUGAAAUUAUUGUAUUUGGCAGGUCCAAACUGCUUAAGUCCUUGGAAAUCCCCGGAAUUUGAAAUGCCAGAUCUGCCUAGUAAAAUUCUUAUUUAUUACACACCAAAGGCCUGUAGAAAUUCUAUCUGCCUUGAUUUAUCAAUCAAUUGUUUUCAUGGAAGAUUGACAGGAAACAAAGUAGUGAACUGGGACAUCAAGGAUGUUAUAAAUUGCAUAGGUGGCUUGAAUGUCCUCUUUCCGCUUUUGGAACAAAUCAGCUUUUUUGAUGGACAGAUAACAGAAAGAAAUAAGGAAAAUAUGUUUUCUGAGAUGAUGACUCCUGUAGAAGGAGACUGGGUAAUAUUAUCUUCUACAAAAGCUUCAGAAUCUAGACUAGAGAAGAAUUUAAUUGCAAUGUUUAUCCUGGUGGUCAAGCACUUUAUUCAGAGACACUCUAUCAAUCAAGAAAAUUUCAUUCACUCCCAUGGAGCUGCAAUACUUGGAGCUUUAUUGCAGAAAGUUCCAAGUAACUUAAUGGAUGUGAAUGUAUUAGUUGCAGUACAGCUACUAAUUGAGCAAGUAUCAGUGGAGAAAAAUGUUCAACUUCUGCAGCAAAUGUAUAAAUUUUUACUUUUUGAUUUUCGUAUCUGGAAUCGUGGAGAUUUUCCCUUUCGGAUUGGUCAUAUACAAUAUCUUUCUACCAUUAUCAAAGAUAGCAGAAGGGUCUUUCGAAAGAAAUAUGGUGUGCAAUUUCUACUGGAUACACUUCGAAUUCAUUAUGGAACUGAUUGUAAAGAAAGUAGUGAAUUGUCGCCAGAGGAUGUCCAAACAAUACGGACAUCCUUGUAUGGGUUGAUCAAAUACUUCUUGAGCAAAGGUGCUACUCUGGAAGAAAUACAGAGCAUCAUGGGCUACAUAUCUGUUAUCAGUGAAGAAGAACAGCUCUUUGGAAUCUUGGAUGUCCUCUGCAGUCUGCUUCAUAACAGUCCAGCACGGGAUCAACUUUUCUUACUACUCUUUGAGCCAGGAAAUGCUGAUAUACUCUAUGUGUUGCUGUUAAAUCAGAGGUACUCUGACAGAUUAAAAGAACUGAUAUUUAAGAUCAUAGAACAGAUGCUAAAAUGCACUAAAGUCUAUGAACGGAGUAAACAGCGCAUUCGACUUAGAGAUGUUGGUUACUCAGGGCUGGGACUCCUUCUGAGUGAAGUACCAAUUAAUGUUUCUCUUAUUAAAAACCUUUUUAACCAAGUCCUAAAUACAGAUACUGUUGUGAAUUUCAAAGAUCUGUUAGCUGUAAUGUACAUGUCUCAUAAAGCAGAUACCUAUGUCAGAGUGCCUAUAUGCAGAAAGGUUUUACAAAUGCUGCAGGCCCAACCAGAUGUAGCCCAACAGGUUUCUCAACAAGUAGGCUGGCAAGAGACCUUGGUUAGGCUUUUUCUAAAAUUAAAUUUUGUAAAUGGAAAUGGAUUUAAGCACAGCAGGACUGAUUUUGUGAAGGAAGAAGACAAAAAAAAUAUCCCUGAAGAUCCAAAAAAGUACUGUGAUGAAAAGGGAGAAGGGGAGAAAUUGAACUCUUUUGUCUUAGCUACUACAACUUUUGAUCCAUGGUGCUUGGAAGAAAGACAGUCUCUAGACUCUAACACACACUUACUACUAGAUGAUAGCUCAGUGGCAGAAAACCAAGAACUAUGGCUCAAUAAUUCUUCCCAUUUGAGUUUGGAUCUCACUGGUAUUGACUCAUUGGAAUUAAGUGAUAGUGGAAGUCAAAUACCAGACAGUUUGCCCAGCACACCAUCUCCUAUAGAGUGUUCUUCUAAAGCAUUUUCUAUACAACUUGACAAAGAGUGCAGUCUUACAAACGACAUGGGAUUUAUUGAUGACCAUUCAUUAUUUGAAAGUCAAGAGAGAUGUGAGGAAGAGCUCCUACAAUUAAUGACAAGCAUUCUGAGCUGUGUGAUGUGCAGGGGACUAGAAAGGUCAGAUGAUGCUGCUUGGAUUGAAAGGGGCCAAGUGCUUUCUGCUCUGACUAAACCAGGAAUUUCUAGUGAGCUGCUUAGGCCUCCAGAGGAAAUAAAACUGUGUUUGCUACAGAAGAUGUUAGAGUGGGCGGUUGCAGAAAAUAGAGAGGCAAAAACUAGUCCAACAACUGCAGAAAAUGCCUUCCGACUUCUGCUCAUCAUACAGGAUUUUCUGCAGACAGAGGGACUAGUUAACUCAAAUCUGUGGACUGAAAAGCUUUUAGAAGACAUGAUGCCUCUCUUUGACAGCCUGUCCAUCUGGUACUCUGAUAGCCCAGAAUGGGUGAAACUUUCUCAAAUUCAAAUCCAUUUGCUUCUGGGAUUCAUUGGGAUAGAUAAUUUGCAGGUUUGUGCCAUGGCAUCAGCUAAGCUGAAUACACUUCUUCAGACCAAAGUGAUUGAAAACCAAGCUGAAGCAUGUUACCUGUUAGGAAAGUUGGAACCUAUUCUAAGCCAGUCUAUCAAGGAACAGACAGAAACCUAUUCAUUUCUGAUUCCUCUUUUUCGUACCCUGGUGUCUAAAAUUUAUGAUCUGCUUUUUAUGAAUUUGCACCUUCCCUCAUUACCUACUGCCAAUGGCAGUCCCUCAUUUUUUGAGGAUUUUCAAGAGUACUGCAAUUCAAAUGAGUGGAAAAUUUACAUUGAGAAAUAUAUCAUGCCUUAUAUGAAGCAGUAUGAAGUUCAGACAUUUGGUGAUGGCUGUGAGUCUAUGGCUCUUUAUUGGAAGGACUGUUAUGAAGCCUUAAUGGUCAACAUGCAUAGACGAGACAGAGAAGGAGGAGAGAGCAAACUCAAAUUUCAGGAUUUUUUUGUGGAACCAUUUAAGAGAAAAGCACGUCAAGAGAACCUGCGGUAUAACAGCAUGCUUAAACAACUUCACAGCCAACACUUAGCCACUUUGAGACAGUGGAAGGCAAUCCAGCUUUAUCUGACAUGUGAAAGAGGUCCUUGGGCAGAGAGGACACAGACUGUUAUUCACUGGAAACUUGCUAAUGUGGAAAACUAUUCUCGAAUGAAACUUAAAUUGAUACAGAAUUAUAAUUUCAAUUCUCAUGAGGAAGCCAGUGCUUUGAGGGACAAUUUAGGUGUUCAACACUCCCAGCUCUCUAGUGAAUCAUUGCUGCUAGAGGCAGUGAAACAAGUGAAAGUCAAUGAUAGGGAAGAAGAUAAACUAGAUCUACCUGAAGAAGACACAACCCCAAGAGCAGAUAUAGAUGAGAAAGGAGAACAGAGUCAAAAGGAAAAACUGGUAUUAUCUGAAGACUGUGAACUUAUUACAGUAAUUGAUGUGAUUCCUGGCAGAUUUGAAGUCACUACUCAACAUAUUUACUUCCAUGAUGGGAGCAUUGAAAAAGAAGAUGGAAUAGGUUAUGAUUUCAAGUGGUCUCACCCUCAAAUUCGAGAAAUCCACCUCCGACGGUACAACCUGAGAAGGUCGGCCUUGGAGAUUUUUCUCAUUGAUCAAUCCAACUACUUUCUCAAUUUCAAAAAGGAGGUCAGAAAUAAAGUGUACAGUCGACUCAUAUCAUUUCAUUCUCCAAAUAUUCAUGGAACCAGAUCACCACAGGAGUUAUUUAAAGCAUCAGGAUUGACACAGAAAUGGGUCAACAGAGAAAUUUCAAAUUUUGACUACCUCAUACAAUUAAAUACAAUGGCAGGAAGAACCUAUAAUGACCUUGCCCAGUAUCCUGUGUUUCCUUGGAUUCUGCGGGAUUAUACUUCGGAAGAUUUAGAUCUCAAUAACCCAGCUGUAUUCCGAGACCUCUCUAAGCCCAUUGGGGCAGUAAAUGAUAAGAAUGCCAAAGAUGUGCAAGGAAAAUAUGAAAACUUUGAGGAUCCACUGGGGAUUGUUGACAAGUUUCACUAUGGUACUCACUAUUCAAAUCCUGCUGGUGUUAUGCAUUAUCUCAUUCGUGUAGAACCCUUCACAACCCUCCAUAUCCAACUUCAGAGUGGCAGGUUUGAUUGUGCAGAUCGACAGUUCCAUUCUAUCCCUGCUACCUGGCAGGCCCUCAUGGAUAAUCCAUAUGAUGUGAAAGAGCUUAUUCCUGAGUUCUUCUACUUUCCAGAGUUCUUGGAAAAUCAAAAUCAUUUUAAUUUAGGGCGCCUACAAAUCUCUAAAGAAUUAGUAAAUGAUGUGGUUCUCCCCAAAUGGGCUAAGUCUGCUGAAGAUUUCAUCUAUAAACAUAGGAAAGCCCUGGAGUCAGAGUAUGUUUCUGCUCAUCUUCACGAAUGGAUAGAUCUGAUUUUUGGCUAUAAACAAAGGGGUCCAGAAGCAGUAGAAGCACUCAACGUUUUCUACUAUUGUAGUUAUGAAGGAGCAGUAGAUCUUGAUGCCUUAACAGAUGAAAAAGAAAGAAAAGCUUUAGAAGGAAUGAUUAACAAUUUUGGGCAAACACCUUGUCAGCUAUUAAAGGAACCACAUCCUCCAAGAUUAUCAGCAGAAGAAGUAGUACAGAGACAAACCAAAACAGAUACUGCAGCCUUGAACCUCUUCCAGCAUCUCCCUGAACUCAACUCAUUUUUCAUAGAGGGUAUCAGUGAUGGUGUUCCACUAGUAAAAGCUAUUGUUCCCAGAAAUCAGCCUCGUUCUUUUAUGACACAGGGUAGUCCAGAGAUACUGUUAACAGUAAGCAUGAAUUGUGUAAUUGGAACCCAUGGAUGGCUGCCUUACGACAGAAACAUUUCUAAUUAUUUUACAUUCAUCAAAGAUCAAACUGUGACAAAUCCUAAAACUCAGCGUGGCAUAAAUGGUCCUUUUGCUCCAGGACUAGCUAUUACUUCUAAGCUAUUUGUAGUAUCACAUGAUGCAAAGUUAUUAUUCAGUGCGGGACACUGGGACAAUAGCAUUCGAGUAACAUCACUCACCAGAGGCAAAAUGAUUGCACAGCACAUCAGGCAUAUGGAUAUUGUGACCUGCUUAUCCACAGAUUAUUGUGGAAUACAUUUGAUUUCUGGUUCCAGAGAUACUACGUGUAUGGUAUGGCAAGUAGUACAGCAGGGAGGUAUACCUGUGGGUUUAGGGCCCAAACCACUUCAGAUUCUUUAUGGACACACUGAUGAAGUAUCUAGUGUUGGGAUCAGCACUGAACUAGACCUGGCAGUGUCAGGAGCAAGGGAUGGCACUGUGAUUAUUCAUACAAUUCAGAAAGGCCAAUACAUGAGGACUUUGCGACCGCCGUGUGAGAGUUCUCUCCUGUUGACAAUUCCCAACUUGGCCCUGUCAUGGGAAGGACAUAUUAUUGUCCAUUCCAGCAUUGAAGAAAAUACUACUCUCAAGGAUAAAAAUGCUUUACAUCUCUUUUCUGUGAAUGGAAAGUAUCUAGGAUCUGAGACCCUUACAGAACAAAUAACAGAUAUGUGUGUAGCUGGAGAGCACAUCAUAGCAGGCAGCUUGCAAGGGUUCCUGUCUAUACGAGAUCUCCACAGCUUAAAUCUGAGUGUCUCCCCAUUAGCCAUGAGGCUGCCUAUUUACUGUGUUUCUGUUACCAAAGAACAUAGCCACAUUCUUGUGGGACUGGAAGAUGGCAAACUGAUUAUCGUUGGUGUUGGCAAGCCAGCUGAGAUGCGUACAGGUCAGCUGUCUCGAAAGUUGUGGGGAUCUAGCAAACGGCUCAGCCAGAUUUCAGCUGGAGAGACAGAAUAUAACACUCAGCAUUCUAAGUGAUUACUGCUUAUAGCUGCUACCAUUGAUCACCAAAACUUGAUUUAUUUUUGUCACUUUAACCAAAUCUCUGAAUUUUAUGAUGACUCAAUGUUUUUAAUUCAGAAAAUCAUUGGUAAAUUAUAAAAUUUAUCGUAUGUGUACUAUAUUUUACAAAGGUACAGUCUUGUCUUCAUCAUUUAAAAAAUUCUUUACCUAGUCCCAGUGAAUUAAAUGGUAUUAAUAGUCUUUCUUAUUCUGCUCCCAAAUGGAGAAAAAAUACAAGGGAUUAGACUUAGUGUUUAUGUUGUGUUCUAUUGUUUAAUAGUCUGUAUAACCAUUGUAUAGUCCAUAUUUUAUUUCUGAGAAAACUAAGAUAAAAAUUGAAGAAAUGACUUAUUUAUUUUGAUUAUAUUUAUCAUUCUAAACAGAACAAGAUAAGGUACUUAUUCUGAAAAGCUUAUUAUAGAAUAUUGGAGAAAGAUGGCCUUUUAUACAAGCUGUUUAGGCCUCCUCUUCUUUUAAAAAUGGGAGUAUUUAAGCAACUGAUUUUUUUUCUGGAGCUCCUACUGAAAUAAAGAAUUCUUCAAGUCUGUUUGUUGCACUGCUGCUGGAUGUUCCAAAGUCAUUUGUAGUUAAAUACAAGGAUGUAUGAUAAACCAAAAAAAAAAAAGUAUAGAAAUUGCUACAUGACCCUCUUUCAAUAAAAACUCAUUACAUAGCUCUCUGAGAUAUUCCUCAAAUGAUCUUUAUCUUAAAAUAAUAAAGGCCAUGGGGAAAGUAGAAGGACAAGAAGUAAAUUUUUGUCCUUUUGAUUUAUUAGUAGUUAAACAAAAUUAAACUAAAAUAACUGUCUUCAGUUUUAACAUUCAAAUCCUUUGAAAUGCAUUUGGAACAUCAUAAUUCUUUAUCAGCAUGAUUUUAUUUUGUGUAGGUUUUAUUAUUUCUGAACUUUUAUGUACUAAACAAGUUGUUUUCCUGAAGUUACUAGAAUUCAGCAAAAUAUCCCAAGUUGAAAUUGUCUUAUUUUGAUGUGAUUUAUGUGUUAAUUGGAAAACUGUAUAACAUUUUAAAAAGCAAACAUUGAGAUACCAUCUUUUAAAAAUAUAUGUAUUUCCAAUUCAUGGUUAUGAAAACUAGUUGGUUUAGGUUGACGGACUUAAUUCCUGUUUAUUCUAGUUAAAUGCUGAAAGUCAAAGUCUUUAUUGUUCAAAACUAACAGAAAAGAAUUGGUUUUAUUUUAAAAGUAAGAGAUUGAUAAGCACAGUGUCUUAUAAACUCAUCUUCACAUUUCUCAUGUAGUGGAUUGAACUCACAACUCUUUGAAACAAUAAUUUUGCAAAAUAUUCCACAAGGCAUAGUUUUUCCUACUUGAUUUAAUUAGGUAUAUAUGUGUGAUUGUUUAUUUAUUUUUAAAGUUUUAUUGAUGCCUUCUCUUUUUAUGUCAGUUUAGUUUUCUUUUAAUUAAACUUUUUCAUCCCAGAUAACUUGACUAAUCCAGAUAGCAUUUAGUAUUGACCUCUUUAGAACUUUAUUGGUUGGUGAGAAAUUUUAAAUAAAGGAUUUUAUGUAAUGGAAGAUGUUAAAUAGAUAAGAUAUUCAUAGGAAGGAUUUGGUGUCAAGAAACAUUACGAGAAAAGAAUGUGUUUCCAUGGCUUAUCUCAGUUCAAAAUUUAAAAAUUAAAUGCACUAGUUAUAGGGUAAAAUAUUUUUAAGAAGGUAUUACAAAUAAUUUGAUGUCCCAUGAAUGUGUACAAUAUGUACAAGGAUGAUGUCCCAUAUGUGUACAAUAGACUAACUGCAAAUGUAAAAUUAUGUGACAGGCAAAGGAUUAUGUAGAGGUCUCAGAACAGAACUCACUAGAUAAUCAUUGGUUUUAUUAUUUUUAUUAGUUAAUUACAUUCAUUUUAAUAUAAUUUUAUUAUUAGAAUUAGUAAUCAGUUAACAGAUAAAGUGUGGUUAUCUGUAUAUAUAUUUUUGUUUUUCCAUGUUUGAGAUUAUAUCAAGUGGAAUUAAUGUGAUCAUGUUUCUAAAUGAACUAAAAAAAAAAAAUUUUUGUUUACCAAAGUGAAAUUAGAACUUUUUGUUUGAGAUUUUUCCUAAGACUUGUACAGAGAGCUUUAGAUGGGGUCACUUUUUAUUUAUUUAAAAAAUAUGCAAAAUCAAGUACCAGAUAUUUUAAUUAGAAGUUUAGCACCUGUACAAAAUGCCAUUUGAGUAUAUCAUUUGAAUUUAUUGGUGUCUUAAUUUAUUUAAAAAAUCAUCAUAUUUUGCUUAUUUUCUAAAUGGAGAAACAAUGAACUUUCUCAGGGUUUCUAUUAUUUAGAAAGCAUAUAUAUUUUGUGGUAGAAAUGCUACAAGGUUUGGUCUAAAUAGGAACUAAAUAGUUAAGGCCAAUUGUAUUACUAGAUAAUCAUAGCACUAGGAUGCUAGUUUUGUGUAAUCCUGUUUUUUCAUAUUUAAAAAAAUAUAUACACAAUAUACUAAAAUACAAAGAGAAGUUACCACCACCAAGUAAAGACCUCUUUUUACAAACUAUUUUGGAAUUCUACAAUAAUUCAGAAAAACAGAAUGGUAAAUUUCCUACCUAUGAUACAUUACUAAAUAUAAAAACAAAAAAAUAUACCUAUCUAUUAGCCGACACAAAAUACAAAGAAAAAUAAUGGAUAAAAUCCAAGAGAAGUAAUAUAAUGUUUUGGAUUUCAUGUAAAAACUUUUUUUAUAUUAUAUAAAGAGAGAAGCCUGACUUAUUAGCUGUCUAAUUUCUAGUGAGUCAGAUUACCUCUCUGUGCUUCCAUUUCUUCAUUUAAAAUAAGGAAUGUAGAUCUUUUCUGGCUCUAAAAUUCAAGGGUUAUUAAUUGUCAUUUAAGAAACAGAAUCAGAAGUAGAAUAUUUAUAAACUUAAAAUAUGACUUAAAAUCAUUUUUUGCAACAAAAAAUUCCCUUGUAAUUCUGAUGGAAGCAGCCUGAAAUAAUGAAUACCAAGGAUGAUGGAAGUUCAGAUUUCACCUCUGACACUUAAUACCUGUGCAGCCAUGGGUAUCUUCACCUUUUCUGAACCUUGGCAAUGGGAAACUUUUAAUGAUGAUGGCAGUGAUCACAUUUUGGUUUUUGGCUUAUUUCAGGAUAGAAACUUUCUAAAAGUUUUAAUUUUAGUACUUUUAACCCUUUAUGUGAAUAUUUUAUUGUCAAUUGCUUAUUUUAAAUGGAGGAAGGGAAGGACAGACACACAAGGAAAGGGAGGAAUAGGAAGAGAAUUGAGGGGUAAAUCAGUAGCAAAUUAAAAACAAAUCCUGUUUUAGGGAGACUAUAUGAAAUAUGAAGCACAUUUAAAACUGAAAAUCAAUGGAAAUUCAUUUUUCAUGUGGAGCUCAUAUUGCUUUCUUUUCCCCCAACAGCAAUCUGGAUCCAAGUCUUGAAAUUUUCAUUUCAUAUACAUCUUUAUGUAUAUGUAUAUCUUAUAAUAUUCUUAUGAAUAGCUUAUGAAUACUCACUUAAGACAUGAAAUAAAUUAUGUCAUAUAAUGUUAUUUUUGAGAUCAUUUAAGUACAUUUCCUGUAACAAUGGCAGAUUUCUUUAGCAAGGAAUAUUAGUGAGACUUGAUGCUGUUUUUUUUUUUUCUGUUUAGAAAUUAUCUUUGAAAAUCCAUUGAGAAAUUAAACAUAUGCCAGAGUUAAUUUGAUUUGAGAGUCUAGGAGUGACCAAUAUCCUUAUUUUCUAUUUUGAACUAAUAGGAACAAAAUAGACUAUAAUAAGUUUUCUAUUUCAUUAUUAGAGACCUUGUCUUUGUCACGAUGAGUUUUUUUAAUUUCUUUUUUUGCCUUGUUUUUAUUGCCUUUCCCCAGCAAACUAUUGUUAAAAACUCAAGUCAGAUGAACUUCAGAAGUUUAAUUUUCUAUGUAUUUUUAAGUAUGCUAACAUUACAAUAGUAAGUAAGUUCUAGUAAAAUACUGGAAGGAUUUAUCAAAAUCUAAUUCUUGGGUUUAUUGAUAGGGAGAUGAUUGAAAUAUAAUACUAUUGUGUCAUACAGAAAUUGCAUCUUUCAUUCCUUUUACCCUAUUUUAACUUCAUUAACCAGAGUCAGUGUUUACUUUGUGCCACUUGAAGCAGCUGAAAGUAUUCUUCCUAGAAAAGUCUCUCCUUUUAUUAUCUGUCCCUAACCUUCUCUUUUGUAAAAUUCACCAUAGAUGUUACACAAAGAAAGGAACUUGACAUUAAAUUUUCUUCUUUAAUCAAAGGGAGGAAUAACUAAAAAUUUCAAUAUAGAGAACUUUAAUAUCCCCCGAUUCUCCUUUGAGUAGGUGUCCAUAUAUUCUAGAUGAACAUUUUUCCCCCUCAAAUGUAUUUUUCCUAAUGGAAUCAGUGUGCCUACCCUUAGUAAAAAUUUAAGUAAAAUUUUCUUGGAGCAGAUUUUAUCUUUUUAAAAUCUGCUUUCUAAGCCACAGAGGCAAUUUUUUUUUUGUCAGCUGUCUUAACUCAUAUACUAUGAACCUUUAUUAAUCCAUUUAAAAUCUUUUGUCUUUUAUCCUUGAAGAUAACACUUUAAAUAGCUAAAAAAAAUAAGGUGAAGUAUUAUUUGUUAUGAGAUCAUAGUAUGAUUAACAUUUUGCAGUUAAAAUGAGUGCAAAUAUCACAAAAGUGGGAACAUCAUAAAGUGUGAUUUUAAAGGAAUCUUUAGCAUUCUAGAUUUCAAAUAAAGGUAUCUGCAUGCUUCAUCAGUUUAGACUCAAAUCAGGUUAUUUUGCUUGCCUUUUUAAACUAAAUUGAUCAAGCACAGUUUCAUUAUAUUUUUGAUGACCAUAGCAUACAAUCCAUUUGUUAUAGGAAACGAUGGUAUCAUGAAGAAUAUGUUUAACACACAAACUCUAAACCAGAAAAUAAUUCUACUCAUAACCUCGUUUUACUUUUAAAAUUAAAGGCACACUUAAUUUCUCCAGUUCUACCUGCCAUCUGUUUAUUUGUGGAAUGGUAUUUCAAGUAAAAUGUUUAAUAAAAAAACUCAUGGUUAGUUUUACUGAAUUGGCUUCCUUCCCCCUCUCCCUCCACUUCUUACUUUGUUACAAGAAAUAACAACACCCCCCUCCACCCCCAAAGAGAUUAGGGAAUUUCUUUUUCUUUUUUUUGGUAUUUGUAUCUUUAGCAUCUAGAAUAGUGCAAAAUAAGAUGAAAAAAAAAUUUACAACAGAUACAAAAAAAAAAUCCUCAUUUAAAGAAAACAGGUGUACUCCUCAUGGUAAACUUCAGUUAGAAAUAAACUUACUUACUCAUGUCCUAAGCUGAACUUUCUUGCAGUUUUCUAUGUAUAUGUGUGCAGAUACUUUCUACAUGCACUGGAGAAGGGCUUAGAAUUCUUAAGCUAACCAGCCAAGACUGAUUAAAUUUCUAGAAAGUUAUUCUGAGUAAAGAAGAAAGUUCAGCAAGAAUUUAGAAAAAGAGUAGAUAUAAUAGUAUAUAUCUUUGUCUUUAAAAAACAAAAACUGAUCUCAGAAAUUCAGGAGAAAAUACUUCCAGCCCUUUAUUGAACAUUUGCUUUUCUGUUUUUUUAAAAAGAUAUUUCCAUAUAAACUCUCAUUUUAUUUUGUUAUGUAGAAUUCACAAUUAUGUCUUGUUUAAAUAUAUAUACACACACAUAUAUUUUUAAACUGGAAGCAGCCAUAGAGAUUGCCUAGCUUUGAGUCUUUGUAAUUUAAGUAUCCAGCAGACUGCUAGGCACAGUAGAGGCACUUAAAAAAUACUUGUUGAAUUGAACUGAAUAAUUCAAACCUUUCAUUUUACAAGUGAGAAAACUAAGGUCCAUGAUCAUAUUGUUAGUUAAUAGUAGGGCCUCAGACUCCAUAUUCAAUUAAUCUGUCCUUUGGAAAAUUAGGUUAAUGUCUCUUAUUAUAAACUAGAAAAUAUAAUUUUGGUGCAUAUACUUAUCAAUCCUUUUAUUCUUAUGCAUUUUUAUUUUAUUUGGCCAUUAAAUGGAGUUAGGAACUAGACUUAUGAUUUCACUGCUUUGGAAAACUCAGUUGAAGCCAUCAGUGCAGCUUGGCAUCUUCUGUGCAAUCUCAGAAGCUAAGUCAAACAUUUAAGCAACAACUAAUAUGUAGCAAGCACUAAGGACCAAGGAUGCAAAGAAAGGCAAAAACAGUCCCUGCUGCAAAGAAGCUCAAAAUCUAACGGGAGAGAAAACAAUUAUAAAGAUUAUGAAAUAAACAUACAAAAUUGCGAAAUAGAGCGUCUCAUUUGAUGAACUGACAAAUUAACUGUCUUGCCUGGGGUCAUAACAACCAGUGUUUGUUAGAGGUAAGAUUUGAAUCCAGGUCUUCUGACUUUGACAUUAGCUUUUUGGGGAAGCUAGAUUACACAAUGGAUCGAGCACUGGCUCUCAAGUCAGGAAGACCUGAGUUCAAAUCUGGCCUCAGAAACUUAAUACUUCUUAGCCUCAACAAAAAGUAAACAAAAAACUCAGACAUUAGCUUUUUAUCCACUAAUUUGGCUGCUAUAUCUCCAAAAAUUUUUUUUAAAACACACAUACAUAAUUAAGACAUUGUCUUAGAUAUGAAUUCAUUUACAAUUUUUCUCUUUUUUUAAUUUACAAUUUAAAAAUAGUUCCCACAUGUCAGUAUUUGAAGUUACACUUUCUAAUUCCUUGUGAGGAUGAUCUAAAGAUCAGUUUGCAAUUUUAAAAAAUGUUUCUUUUGCUAAGAUGCUUAAAACUUAAGUAUAACUGAGAAGAUGGAAAUCAUUUUCUCUUGAUCCCCUAGUAUAUAUAAGGAUAGAAGAUUAACUUUGUUUCUCAUAGUGUUUCUUUCCUUAACAAUUCAACUCCAAAAUUAUUACACAUUACUAAGAAACUUUAUUGUCUUUUUUCACUUCAUUAUUUGAUAGAAAAAUGAUUGUCAAGUCUUUUCACCAGCGUUUCCUCUGCAGCUCCAAAUCUCCAAACAGAGUUAGGAGAUCUAUGCUUCUUGCUUCUCCCAUAAAACUCCUUUUAAUUUCAAGAUUUAGGGCAAUAAAAAUGAGCAAAAAUGUAACCAGAACAUGGCCUGGUCAUCUUGCAUUUUUCUGACUCUUGCCAAUUUCUGUUAUAGUAAUAAGGUAGUCAUAACAUUUCUCAUUUUUUUGAUGAAAAUUCCAUUACAUUUUCAGAGGAUGGUUGUCAUCCUCCAGCCAAUAUCACCUUGUAUGCACAUAUAUUACAUACUUUCUUUGCAUUUCAUCACAGAAUUAUAGAAGAAAAGCAAUGACUUUUUGUCCAGCAUUUUAGAAAUUGUACUAUUGCUUAAUAUGCUAAAAAUAGCAACUGAAGAAUUUAAAAGUCAUAUAAUUUUAAAAUGUGCCUCAAAAUUUGCUUAGUUUCUUGACACUAGAAAAUAGGCCACUAAGCCUUAGAAGAUUCUUCAUUGUGUAAAUGUGACGAUGAUUUUUUUUUUUCCUAUGCCAAAACGAAAAAAAAAAAGCCUUUAAAGUCAAUCAAGUCUUAACUGGGAUGAUGAGUAUCUCUAAUAUUGAUUAUUCUUUCAGUUGUAAUGAAGUUGCUAUUAGGUGCAAUAUAUUCUUGUGCUUUUAAAGUUGUACAUGGUGAUUUUUUUUUUUGUUAAAUCAAGUACAUUUUAAUUAUUUUAAAUGUUUGUAUAUGAGCCGAUAUUUGAUUUUUUUUUCUGUACAGCACGACUGAAGAUGGUCUAAAAUUUUUUGCACUUUUUUAGUCUCUUGAAAAUUUGUAAUCAAUUUCUAAGAAUGUACUUAUUUUGUAUAUAAAAUGACAAAAUUAGCUUUGUAUAUGUCAUAUGCACACACGUGUAUAUAUGUAUAUAGAUAUAAAAGUGGGUUUGAAUCAAAUAAAAAAACUGGAUGUUC